AUGGCCAACCAACAAAUUUCAGCGCCACCCCGUGAUUUUCUUUGCCCAAUAACCCGAGAACUAAUGCAAAAUCCUGUUCUACUUAUUGAAGACGGUCAUUCCUAUGAAUUACAUGCUUUACAACGAUGGUUACGCGAUCAUAAUUCAUCUCCCAUGACAAAUAAACCUUUGCGUGAUCGUCGUUUUGUACAUAAUUUUAAUUUAAAAAAUGCUAUUGAAGAAUUUUGUACACAACAAGAAACAAUUUCAUUAACAAAUCAAUUUCUUUCAUUUAAUUUUCGUUCUGGUCGUACGCCGCCUGAAUGGCAAGAUAAACCAACACUAAAAAUUCGUCUCAGUCUUCUUGGUGGUUCUAAUGUUGGUAAGACAACACUUGCUCGUUGUCUUCAAUAUGGUUCACAAUCAUCCUUUGUACAUUUACAUAUUUCAGCAACGGUGGGACCUGACCUUGUCUUUUUUUAUUUGGAUCAAUUAUAUGAAAAUAAAUACGUUAUUAUUAUUCAACUUGCUGAUAUACCUGGAAUGGAACGUUAUGAAUCAUGUUGUGAUAAUCAUUUUCGAAAUUGUCAUGGUGCACUUCUACUUUCCGAUUCAACAGAUAUAGAUUCACUUGAACGUACUGAACUCUAUUGGUACAAACAAUUGCAAACGAAAGGAAAGGAUGAUGUCGAAGCUGUACUUGUUUGUAAUAAAAUUGAUAUAUUUGAAACGAAUUGUGAUGUACAUUAUCGUCGAAUAUUUUUUCAACGUGCCGAACAUUUUGCGUCAACACAUAAUAUGCCGAUUCAUUAUAUAUCAGCUUUACGAGGUGAUAAUAUUCAAUCGAUGUUUAAGCAAUUAAUUUUACGUAUUCUACACAAUUCGUCAUUACUACAACAAAUUAAAGAAACUAGUACGGCCUAUGAACAAGCAUCUAAUAUUAAAGAGUCGAUACGACGCACAUCGUCUAUUCAAGUAUCCAUUCAACCAGAAUCACCAUCAUCCUCAUCUAGGCAAAAUGAUGAUAAUGAUAGAAAUUCAUCGGGGAGCUGUUGUAAAUUUGCUUGA